UGCUUUUUUUCGCAACGGGUUUGCCGCCAGAAAAGAGGUGUCGUGAAAACUACCCCUAAAAGCCAAAAUGGGAAAGGAAAAGACUCAUAUCAACAUUGUCGUCAUUGGACACGUAGAUUCGGGCAAGUCCACCACUACUGGCCAUCUGAUCUACAAAUGCGGUGGCAUCGACAAAAGAACCAUUGAAAAAUUUGAGAAGGAAGCUGCUGAGAUGGGGAAGGGCUCCUUCAAGUAUGCCUGGGUCUUGGAUAAACUGAAAGCUGAGCGGGAACGUGGUAUCACCAUUGAUAUCUCCCUGUGGAAAUUUGAGACCAGCAAGUAUUAUGUGACUAUCAUUGACGCCCCAGGACACAGAGACUUCAUCAAAAACAUGAUUACAGGGACAUCUCAGGCUGACUGUGCUGUCCUAAUUGUUGCUGCUGGUGUUGGUGAAUUUGAAGCUGGUAUCUCCAAGAAUGGGCAGACCCGAGAGCAUGCUCUUCUGGCUUACACACUGGGUGUGAAACAACUAAUUGUUGGUGUUAACAAAAUGGAUUCCACUGAGCCACCCUACAGCCAGAAGAGAUAUGAGGAAAUUGUUAAGGAAGUCAGCACUUACAUUAAGAAAAUUGGCUACAACCCCGACACAGUAGCAUUUGUGCCAAUUUCUGGUUGGAAUGGUGACAACAUGCUGGAGCCAAGUGCUAACAUGCCUUGGUUCAAGGGAUGGAAGGUCACCCGUAAGGAUGGCAAUGCCAGUGGAACCACGCUGCUUGAGGCUCUGGACUGCAUCCUACCACCAACUCGUCCAACUGACAAGCCCUUGCGCCUGCCUCUCCAGGAUGUCUACAAAAUUGGUGGUAUUGGUACUGUUCCUGUUGGCCGAGUGGAGACUGGUGUUCUCAAACCUGGUAUGGUGGUCACCUUUGCUCCAGUCAACGUAACAACUGAAGUAAAAUCUGUCGAAAUGCACCAUGAAGCUUUGAGUGAAGCUCUUCCUGGGGACAAUGUGGGCUUUAAUGUCAAGAAUGUGUCUGUCAAGGAUGUUCGUCGUGGCAACGUUGCUGGUGACAGCAAAAACGACCCACCAAUGGAAGCAGCUGGCUUCACUGCUCAGGUGAUUAUCCUGAACCAUCCAGGCCAAAUAAGUGCUGGCUAUGCCCCUGUGUUGGAUUGCCACACGGCUCACAUUGCAUGCAAGUUUGCUGAGCUGAAGGAAAAGAUUGAUCGCCGUUCUGGUAAAAAACUGGAAGAUGGCCCUAAAUUCUUGAAGUCUGGUGAUGCUGCCAUUGUUGAUAUGGUUCCUGGCAAGCCUAUGUGUGUUGAGAGCUUCUCAGACUAUCCACCUUUGGGUCGCUUUGCUGUUCGUGAUAUGAGGCAGACAGUUGCGGUGGGUGUCAUCAAAGCAGUGGACAAGAAGGCUGCUGGAGCUGGCAAGGUCACCAAGUCUGCCCAGAAAGCUCAGAAGGCUAAAUGAAUAUUAUCCCUAAUACCUGCCACCCCACUCUUAAUCAGUGGUGGAAGAACGGUCUCAGACCUGUUUGUUUCAAUUGGCCAUUUAAGUUUGGUAGUAAAAGACUGGUUAAUGAUAACAAUGCAUCGUAAAACCUUCAGAAGGAAAGGAGAAUGUUUUGUGGACCACUUUGGUUUUCUUUUUUGCGUGUGGCAGUUUUAAGUUAUUAGUUUUUAAAAUCAGUACUUUUUAAUGGAAACAACUUGACCAAAAAUUUGUCACAGAAUUUUGAGACCCAUUAAAAAAGUUUAAUGAGAAAAAAAAAAAAAAAAAAAAAAAAAAAA